AUGUCAUCUGUUGAUCCGACGCCAGCAGAGGCGCCCGGCAGAGACUACGCCCCGAUUGAACACGUCGACGAUGAGUCCCUGGAACCCCGCCGAGCAUCGUCACGCCGAGGCUGGAUCUUUCCCGUGCUCGUCUUUGGAGCCAUCAUACUGCUAGGGAUCUUGCCUGGCGAGUCUGAUGGCACACCUGUGCGCGAUCAGCCCGGUCGUGGACACGACGGCCAGCGCAGUCAUGGUGGCGUGCUCGAUAAGAUAGGUCACUGGAUCGGCGACACCGUCGGCUGGCGGUCUAACAACGGCACAGCUGGCAGCGGCAGGCUCACAUGGGGAUCGUUCGCCUCGGGCUGGUCAGAAUCGACAGUCUAUGUCGUCUCCACGGACGCUUACUACCGAUCGCGGCCGGCCUCCUUUGGAGCGCACAUCUCUGAUGAACAAGGCCUCAGAGGUUACCUUUUGCCCAUCUCCUCGCUUGCCGCACGUCAAGCAGGCAUGGACGAAGCAGAUGAACUCAGUCAGGAACGCGAUUACGCCUGUGAGGAUGCCCAGCCCAAUCGAGAUGGCAGAGGGAAUAACGAUGACUUUGACGACGCCAUCAACACCGUGCAUCAUCGAAGAGACAAUGGCACUGACACCGACGAGACCGUUCAGUUCAUAGCACUCAUUCUGCGCGGUAAAUGCUCCUUUGCGGACAAGGUCAGACGCGCCCAAAGCUUAGGCGCCGUGGGCGCUCUCAUCGGCGACAGUGCACCUCACAAUAGUCCUCUGCUCGGUAGCGGAAGCUCGCUCGUCGGCAUGUGGGGUCCAGACGCUCACGAUAUCAUCAUCCCAUCAGCCUUUGUCUCCGCAGAGUCUUACAGCGACCUUAGGCGACUCUACCAGGAGUACCUCGAUCACCCGAAUUCUGAGCUUGGCGUAGCCUUUGCCGAUCAGUCGACGCUUGUCCAGGCCAGCGAUGCGACGUCUCACACCGCUAACGCCACAGCAGAUCGCGGACUUGCCAUCGUCAUGUCGCAAGAUCAAGCUUUCGACUGGCCCUUGAUGGAUCUGUGCCUCCUCUUACUCUUCUUGCCGUCAGUUCUCACCCUUCUCACCCUCGGUCUGCAUCGCGUCAGGGUCGCCCGGCGCAGAAGACAGGACCGAGCGCCCAAGCACGCCGUCGAAUCACUACCUUGCAUCUUGUGGUCCGAGCAUCUCGACGAUGACCUUGAAAAGGCGGAGCGCGAAGGCCUGUCUACUGCCGAAGUCCUCAAGAGUCACGCGACGCCGACGAGCUGGCUUGCAAGGAUAGGCCUUCGUGCGAGAACAGUGCUCCACGACGCAAAGACUUACGUACUGCUUCGACCGACCACGGCAGCACAUGAAGACGACGCCUCGCUGCAAGAUGCGUCGCCAGAGGCAAGCGGAUCUUCAGCGCCUCUCCAGGCCGUCUCUGCAGCCUCACUCACGCCCGCAGCUCGUAAGCGUAUCUUUGGCCAGCGCGAGUGCAGCAUCUGCUUGUGCGACUUCGAAGUCGGCGAAGCAGUGCGAGUAUUGCCUUGUGGUCACCUGUUCCAUCAAGUCGAAGUCGAUCCCUGGCUCUUGCAGACCAAGCGAGUUUGCCCUGUCUGCCGCACAUCCAUCACAGACGUACCCCGUCCGACUGCAGCAGCCAAUGCCGUGCUUGUGCCUGUUGAAGAGUCUGCAGACUCUUCGAGGCAGACCAACAAUGAGCGCACGCCUCUGCUCGAUUAG